AUUCUACUUAUGACUCCGUGCAGAAAAUUAUAUCUAGAGAGGAAAAGCUUUCUGUCAUAUGUACAAAAUUGGAACUUCCAGCAUUUACCGAAGAGGACAUGCUUUAUCUUAAGGAUUAUGCUUCUGCUAUGAAACCUUUCGCUGACGCACUCGAUUUUUUGCAAGGAGAAAAAGGAGUUUUUUAUGGGACGCUUAUUCCGACUUUGGUAACGAUCAAAACCAAAAUUGAUCGUAUUAUUAAUAAUGGCAAGGAAAACUACCUGAAGCAACAGCUAAUUUUUUUGCAAAGUCGAUUGUUUGAUAGGUUUGAGAAAUAUUUUACCUUAUCUUCGGAAAUCAAUGACGCAAUUGUGGCAGCCGUACUUCAUCCUGAAGUAAAACUUCAGUGGUUUGCUCCAAUUAGAGAUUUGACUAGGAAAUCUGUAGAUGAAGUUAAAAAACUUGUAAUUGACUACGUUGCAGACAACCAUGUAGUUGACUGUGAUGCUGCCGAAGACCUGAUUCUGUCAAGAAUAGGCUCUUUCUACGACUUUGGCGACGAACAAAAUAGUUUUGAGCAAACUACGGAUGUUUUAUCCAUUGACCGAGAGGUAAACUUGUACCUUGCCGAUCCUUUCUUUAAUGACUUAAAGAAAUUGAAGGAAUUGCCGCUGCUAGAAAAAGCAUUUAGAAAGGCGAAUACACCGUUGACCUCCUCGGCGCCGGUUGAGAGAUUAUUUUCAUUUGCAGGCAUUGUAAAUACACCACGGCGCCAUGCUCUCUCCGACGACCACUUCGAAAUGUUGACUUUAAUGAAAGCCAACGCACAUUUCUUGAAGUGAA